AUGGAUAUCCUAAGCGAUGAUCUCCGUGCUCGAUCAUUCCGCCUACUUGACGUAGAGAAGACUCUUUCCCAGCUGACCGUCGCCCAGAAAAUCUCGAUCCUAUCGGGCAGUGACAUGUGGCACACAACACCUAUCACCAGAUUCGGCAUUCCAUCCCUUAGGUCGACACCAUUUCAUCUAAAUCUCGAACCAUAUUUCACACAUCGUACCUCUAUUUCAGAUUUUCUGAUGGACCUAAUGGAGUUCGUGGCACAAAAUUCUUUGAAGCUUGCGUCGCGUCGGGAAGGUGUCCCUGCGUCCUGCUUCCCCGUUGGAACGGGUCUCGGUGCAUCCUGGGAUCGUACACUACUUUAUAUUGUCGGGAAAACGCUAGCUGUUGAGUCAAAGGCAAAGGGAGCGCAUGUCUUAUUAGGUCCAACCGUCAACAUCCAACGUUCCCCACUCGGUGGAAGGGGAUUUGAAAGUUACAGCGAGGACCCUUUUCUCAGCGGAUCACUUGCCCGCGUGUUCAUUGAAGGUGUGCAACGUGAAGGUGUUGCGGCGACAAUCAAACACUAUGCUGCGAAUGACCAAGAAUUUGAGCGGGCUAGCAUGUCAUGUAAGUUCAUUAUCAUCGCUUCGCCGCUUCCUAGACUUACGCCCCAAGGCACCAAAUCCGCCGUGGGCCAUAAUGACGGGUACAACCGUGUCAACGGAGUACAUUGCAGCGAGAAUCCGUUCUUGAUCUCGACUGUGCUCCGCGGGGAAUGGGGCUUCAGUGGACUGGUAAUGAGUGAUUGGAACGGCACAUACUCUAUCACGGAAUCGAUCCGAGCUGGAUUAGACUUGGAGAUGCCCGGCCCCACUGUGGUUCGAGGCGCCGCCUUGAAUGCGGCUUUUCGUUCUAGGAAGGUCUCCGAACAAAACAUCGAUGACAGGGUCCGUAACGUCCUCAAUCUAAUUAACAACGUGCAGCCAAGUGGUGUCCCAGAAGACGCCCCUGAGAAGUCGAACGACGAUCCAGAGGUAAAGAAAAUCCUUCGAGAAGCUGCUUCCUCUGCGAUCGUUUUGCUUAAGAACGAGGCAAAUGUUCUUCCUUUGGAUCCUUCUGUUAUCAAUCCAUCGGUGUCAUCGGCCCAAACGCAAAGAAUGCGGUUAUCUCUGGUGGGGGCUCCGCAGCACUUCGUCGUGGCAAGUUACACUGUUACACCGUUUGAUGCCAUUGCCGAAGCAGCAAAGGAGCUGGGCAUAAAUGAAGUCCAGUAUGCUCACGGAGGAACCGCCCAUAAGUAUGCGCCAGUUAUCGGUCCGGAACUCAGAGCAGCCGACGGUACGGCUGGAGUCGAUCUCACUUUUUUCAACGAGGACCCGUGGGUGAAUUCACAGGUCAACCCGGUAUUUCAUAUGGUUUCAACUACGACCGACAUGUUCAUGAUCGAUAACCUUUCAUCUGAAAUUAUCAGCUCACGUUACUGGUUGGAAGCGAGCGGGAAAUUUACUCCUGAAACCACGUCCGAGGCGAGUCUGUCUCUGCCCGCGGUCAGCAAGUAUAAUUACCCCUCUAGAGCAGUACGAAUUCGGGUUUCUGCCAUCGGAAAAGCGGACUUGUAUAUUGACGGCAGGAGGAUAGUUGACAAUUCGACCAACGUGCAGCUGGAGACACUUUCCUUGGGGCGUACGUACUCAACGAUGGUCCCCACUUGGAGGACCAGCAAGACUAACCUCGUUAUUAGCGGCUCCAAGGAGCGAUUAGGAAGCACGAAGCUUGAAGCUGGUCAAAGCUACAAUCUUCUUGUUCGGUAUACUUAUGACCUUGCAUUUGCCUCGAGUACGGGAACCACGGCUACACUGAGGGGAGGGGCUCUCCGAUUCGGAGUUUCCCCGCGCAAAACUGUCGAAGAAUUUCUUGCUGAGGCAGUUUCAGUUGCACGUCAGGUCGAUGCCGUCAUUCUACUCGUUGGCCUAAAUUCUGACUUCGAAUCCGAGUCGUCCGAUAGGCCCCACAUGAGACUCCCCUCUUACUCAGACGAAUGGACAACUGCUGUGUUGGCUGCCAACAGGAACACUGUUGUUGUCGUCCAAUCCGGAACUCCGGUAGAGAUGCCAUGGGUUGAUAAAGCCGCCAGUUUGUUGCAGGCAUUUUAUGGAGGGAAUGAAGUUGGACAUGGAAUAUCUGAUGUGGUAUUUGGCAAGGUGAACCCUUCUGGUCGCCUCCCACUCUCCUUCCCUAUUCGAUUGGAGGAUAAUCCAACUUCUCUCAACUUCGGUGGGAGGAAUGUAUACUAUGGUGAAGGUAUAUUCGUCGGCUACAGGCACUACGAAGCUCUGAAGAAGAAGGCCUUGUUCCCCUUUGGCUUUGGGAAGAGUUAUACUACAUUUGACUACUCCGAUGCCUCAGUCUCUGCCACCAAAUUCGGCCCCAAAGAUACUGUCAUUGUUUCGGUCAAAGUCACCAAUACCGGCCCUCGAGCUGGUCGUGAAGUUGUCCAGGUUUAUGUCCAUGAUGUGGUGUCAACACUCCAGCGACCGCCAAAGGAACUUAGAGGCUUUACGAAGACGGCGGUUCUUCAACCCGGAGAAUCCGAGAAUGUUUCUAUUGGGCUGGAUCACCUAGCCUUUGGAUUUUUCAAUGACCGGAGGGUGUGA